CGCCCAGAGCACAAAGUAGGCUUUCAGAAGAAACAGUGUAACCACAGUCAUCAUACUUUUUAUCCUCCACGGGGACUUUUAGUUUUUUUUCUUUGUUUGUAUUUUUAAUCCGUCUAAGGGAAAUAUAGUGUGACUGUACUGAGCUUCCUUACUGCUGCCCCUCUGGUCUCCGGCAUAUCACGUUUCUGUUUCUCAUGCGUAAUUGGAAAGAUAUACGUUUCGUAGCUCGGAAGCUUGGUCUCUCUGCAAGGUAGCCAUUAACAUACAGGGAGGUGACUGGCAGCAGGCGAAGAGUCUGCAGGAGGAGCAUCUCAGCACCUGUAGUCAGAAACAUUGGUUCUUCACUGAAGGCAAAAGAAGGGGAAGCGUGCUGAAACCUCUCCAAAUUUUUGACCAACCAAUGCCAGCAAGUAAAGAUGAACGAGUUGUAAUCCCUGUGGACAAGACUUUCAUCACUAUGAAGAAGGCCAGAAGACGCCAGCGCAUUGACAGUGGAGACAGAAGCUUCAUGUGUGAUCAGUGUGGAAAGGCUUUUACUCGUAAUAGCAGCUUAAAACAACAUAAGCUCAUCCACACUGGCAUUAAACCAUUCAGCUGUGAUCAAUGUGGAAGACAUUUCAAUCACAAUGGCAGCUUAAAACAACAUCAACUCAUCCACACUGGAGUUAAACCAUUCACCUGUGAUCAAUGUGGAAAGUGUUUCAAUCAAAAAGGCAGCUUAAAACAACAUCAGCUCAUCCACACUAGAGUUAAACCAUUCAGCUGUGAUCAGUGUGGAAAGUGUUUCAAUUAUGUUAGCAGCUUAAAAAAGCAUCGCCUUGUCCACACUGGAUUAAAAGCAUUUAGUUGUGAUCAGUGUGGAAAGUGUUUCAAUCACAAUGGCAGCUUAAAAAGACAUCAGGUCGUUCACACUGGCAUUAAACCAUUUAGCUGUGAUCAGUGUGGACAGGCUUUCAUACAUAAUAGCAAGUUAAAAAAACACCAGCUUAUCCACACUGGAUUAAAACCAUUCAGCUGUGAUCAGUGUGGAAAGACUUUCACUGAGAAUGGCAACUUAAAAAGACAUCAGCUCGCUCACACUGGAGUAAAACCAUUCAGCUGUGAUCAGUGUGGAAAGACUUUCACUCAGAGUGGCAGCUUAAAAAAACAUCAGCUCAUCCACACUGGAUUAAAAGCAAUUAGCUACAAUCAGUGUGGAAAGCCUUUUUCUCCGAGUAAUGGCUUAAAAGAACAUCACCUCAUCCAUGCUGCAAAUAAACCAUUUGUCUGUGCUCAGUGUGGAAAGUGUUUCACUGAGAAUGGCAACUUAAAAAAACAUCAGCUUGUCCACACUGGCAUUAAACCAUUCAGCUGCGAUCAGUGUGGAAGGACUUUCACUCAGAAUAGCACCUUAAAAAAACAUCAACUUAUCCACACUGGAUUAAAAGCAUUUAGCUGUGAUCAGUGUGGAAAGUCUUUUACUGAAAAUGGCAACUUAAAAAAACAUCAGCUCAUCCACACUGGAUUAAAAUCGUUUAGCUGUGAUCAGUGUGGAAAGUCUUUUUCUCAGAGUAACGGCUUAAAAGAACAUCAGCUCAUCCAUACUACAGAUAAACCAUUCACCUGUGAUCUGUGUGGAAAGUCUUUUACUUAUAGUAAAAGCUUAAAAGAUCAUCUUCUCAUCCACACUGGCAUUAAAUCAUUUGUCUGUGGUCAGUGUGGAAAAGCUUUUACUCAGAGUACAACUUUAAAAAAACAUUUACUCAUCCACACUGGAAUUAAACCAUUUAUCUGUGGUCAGUGUGGAAAAGCUUUUACUCAGAGUACAACUUUAAAAAAACAUUUACUCCUCCACACUGGGGUUAAACCAUUCACCUGUGAUCAGUGUGGAAAGUCUUUUAGCUGCAUGAGUUCCUUGAAAGAACAUCAGGCCAUCCACACUGGCAUUAAACCAUUUGUCUGUGGUCAGUGUGGAAAGGGUUUUACUCAGAGUAAAACUUUAAAAGAACAUCAGCUCACCCACACUGGAAUUAAACCAUUCAGCUGUGAUCAGUGUGGACAAUCUUUUACUCGGCGUAGAAACUUAAAAAAACAUCAUCUCCUCCACAUUGGUGUUAAACCAUUCACCUGUGAUCAGUGUGGAAAGUCUUUUAGCUGCAUGAGUUCCUUGAAAGAACAUCAGGCCAUCCACACUGGCAUUAAACCAUUUGUCUGUUGUCAGUGUGGAAAGGGUUUUGGUUGCAUGGAUGCAUUCAAAAAUCAUCAACUAAUCCACACUGGAGUUAAUUAAUUUUUAUUGGUCAGUGCUGAAAUGCGGCCAAUUCUAUGUAAACAUUUUAAAAAAUCAGAUUGUUCACACUGCAAUUAUAGCGUGUAUUUAAUUGUGGUACCGGUAAUUGUGAAAUUUGUGGAAACUUUCAUUUAUAACAAAUGUUACUGAGGCAUCAGCAAAUCCACAACAUAUGUCGUGCUAUGACAAAACUGGCAGACCAAUGUGACAUUACUCUGACAAAGUUCUUUUGGACAUAUUAAGUUUGAAGAGGCUCUACCGAUUGCAGACUUCUAUACCUGUCAUUGUACUGGGUCUUUGACCCAGUGUUUUGUGCUUUUUGACAUUAGCAUUCCAUUUGAUUGAAUAUUGUAAUAUUUAAUGUUUAUUUCUAUUUAUAUUCUUUUAAUUGUUUUUCUGCUUGAUGUAAUAUUUGUAAUUUCUAGUCUUUAGGUUCCGUUAUCAUACCUCCCCUCUUUUUCACAUUCUGUGUUUUGUCAGCAGUGGCAAUCCUAGCCUGCUUGGUUCCCUGGGCGAACACCCACUCUGCCCCACACCCACAGAUAAAAUAUAUGUAUGUUAAGGAUUGUACAUGCAUAUAAAGCAUAUUUUACUGUAAAAACUGUUGUUGGAACCAUACUGAAUUUAGUCAGAUAAACACACA